AUGUCUGGGAAGUGUUGUGUUCUUAUGGUAUUGUCUCUAUUCAAAGUGACAGAAUCUACAGUACUCAACUGCAAAAUAUCCGUGGAAGGUCUGGAAUACAGAGGAAACAUAUCAGUUACUGUUUCCGGUAAAACAUGUCAGAGGUGGGACAGCCAGACUCCACAUUCACAUUAUUACACUGACCGACUUCCGGGGAACGCCAGUAUACACGAAAAUUACUGUAGGAACACCCAAUCUGGGAUAGAACCUACUCCCUGGUGUUACACCGUGGACCAGAAUACGAGAUGGGAGCUGUGUGAUAUUCCAUUUUGUGAAUGUAGAGACACGAUUAGAGGUGAAGAAUACAGAGGGACAGUUUCACACACGAGGACAGGUUUAAAAUGUUUGAGAUGGGAUAGCCCCCUUUCUCCGGAACCAAGAUUUGCCCUGUUCCUGGAGGGAAAUGCCAGUUCGCAUGAAAAUUAUUGCAGGAACCCAAGCAAUCAAGGGGAACAACCGUGGUGCUUUACAGUUUCCUCUGAAAUAUCAGCUGAUUAUUGCAACAUACCAAUUUGUUAUCAAAAUAAUAAAGAAUGCUUAGAUAGCACAAAAGGUCAACAUUACUUUGGAACUAAAGCUGAAACCAAAGAUGGCAUACAAUGUCAACGCUGGGACAAACAAACACCACACAGACAUAGGUUUUCCGUUGGAUUCAUGGGACUUUCUGCUUCUGAACAUGAUAAUUACUGUAGAAAUCCCGAUAAUGAGGAAAAGCCCUGGUGUUACACAGUAAAGGACACAGUCCGGUAUCAGUAUUGUGAUAUUCCGCUAUGUGAGGAAAAAGACUGUAAAGACACAGAGAGAGGUAUGGAAUAUCAAGGGAAACGUAAUGUCACACAAAGUGGUAUAGCCUGCCAGCGCUGGGACAGUAGAUAUCCCCAUAUACCUAACAGCAGAAUACGUUUCACUGGGACGACUCUAUCGCAACAGGAAAACUACUGUAGAAACCCAGACGGAGAACCAUCCCCCUGGUGCUACACUAUGGAUCCAAAAGUACGCUGGCAGCUCUGUGAUAUUCCAUUCUGUGUAAACGCAUCAUUUCAAUGUCAUUUCUCAGAAGACAUGUGUGGUCUUGAGCAACUGAAUCAUACAGAGACGAGUUGGUUGUUGAACAGUUCCGAAGACGGAAAAUACUUACUUUUCCGUCCUCCGAAAAAUGUGUCUAGUCCACAGUUAUUUAUGCCCACGCUGACAUCACCUCUCUUGCGCUCUACGAAAACUGGAAGCUGUUUGCGAUUGGCAUAUCGCAGUGAGGGUAUUGAACUAGUACUGACGACCUUCACACAAAAUCUGACAAAGCUUAAGGAAAGCUCUGAGGUUAAGAGAGUUAAAGUCAACAUAAACCCUCAGCCGGAUAAUUACAAGGUUUUUAUUUUACCACAUUUUACUGCGUCUUCGUCUGAAUCGUCAACAGAAGCGGCUAUUGAAUACAUGGAGGUUCAAAAUGGGCCAUGUACAGAUUGCUUUGCCUGUCUCAGUGACAGAUUAUGUAUUACCGGUAAAAGCCACGGAUUUUGUGAUAUGAUGCCGGAAUGUCCUGAUUACAGUGACGAGGAAAAUUGUGCUCUGGAGUGCUACCACGAAAACAUGUACCAAGGAUUUCGCAAAGAAACAAAGUACCUUCAUAAAUGCGUGGAAGAAAUGGGAAAUACUUGUAGGUUCGAUUUGUCAAGCAAAAGAGAGCCGGGUUGUUUUGUUGAUUCUGAGUUCAAAUGGGAGGAAUGUAGUGUACCAAAGUGUGACAUAGGAAGUUUAAUUUGUGACUUUGAACAGGAUAUGUGUGACUGGAAACAAAUGCAAAGUGGAAUAAAAUGGAACCGUCAAAUAGCUGAAAACACUGGUGAAAUGUUUGCUUCUGCUGAAAAGAAAGAACAUUUGAGUGGGAAAACGGAGGAGAGGGCCUUUUUAUAUAGCACACCACAGCCUUCAUCGUCCGAGUUUGGGUGUAUAACAAUGACAUAUUCUGGGGAAAAUGUCCAAAUAACCGUAUUUUUAACACAAGGCACAAUGCUUACUUUUGAUGGGAUGAUUUUCCAGCGACAGAAUAUAAAUUCAGACCUUUUUGCCACUACAAGUUUUCAGAUUCCUAUUGACGUGCCUUAUUUGGUAACAAUUGUUGCAACAUUCCAAGUAAAUGUUACUGGUAUCAUGCGACUUGGAAAAAUCAGUUACGAAGAAGGAAUUUGUAAAGAUAAGGAUCCUUGUUACAAAACACAAUAUCAAUGCGACGACGGAAGCUGUAUUAAUGCUGACAAGUUCUGCAACAAGAAAAAUGAUUGUCCAAAUAACGAAGACGAAAAUUUAUGUAACUACAACAGAUCCAAAUGUUUGCGUAUGGAAAAGGGAUGUGUUCUACCUUGUCCCGAUCAAUGUGAAUGUAAAGGAGUAGUAUUCAAGUGUCAAUCUCCAGAAAAUGUAACAAAAGAAGUCAGAGUUCUUGAUCUCAGUUCAAGCAAUUUCAACCUCAAGGAUUUAAGAGAUUUCAAUUUCCUCUUACAUUUGAAUUUAUCAGGAUGUUCGAAAGAAGAUUCAUCACUUCAGAAUCUAGGAAAACAACUAGAAUCUCACAGUCUUCAAACUCUGGAUAUCUCUUUCAACAGAAUACGAAAUUUGCAACAGAUUACCUUUGAGAAACUUUCAAAUUUAUUAUACCUUAAUGUUUCACAUAAUCAAAUCACGGGUAUUAACUUGGACUUCCUCAGAGUUAUUCCAAAGUUACGACAUUUGAUUCUUAGAAAUAACGAAAUAGUGAUAAUUCAUUCAAAAGAAACCUACAACCGAUUUAAUUCUAGCCUUGAGUUGUUAGACUUGAGAAACAAUAAAAUAAGAACAAUUAUGCCAAAAGCACUGCACUGGCUAAGUUUCUUAUCAAAAUUAUUAUUGAGCAACAACUCCAUCACAAAUACUGAUGACUAUUUCUCAAGAUCAAUGAAAAUGCUUGUUGAAGUAGAUAUGAGUUUUAAUUCUAUAAGUAUCAUCACAGAUAACAUGUUUUCGGGUUUGAGGAGGCUGGGAUACCUCAAUUUACAACACAACCAAAUACAAGUUUUAAAUGAUUUUUCAUUUUCAACACUGACAUCUUUACAAACACUUAAUCUUGCCUUCAAUAAAAUCCACACAAUUAACAGAAUGGCUUUUGAGAACAUGGUAUCACUCACCAAACUGAAUCUCACAGGAAACCAGUUAAGAAAACUUUCUCCUGCAAGAUUUGUUGCUUUAGUAAAACUUCAGAUAUUGGAUUUAUCAGACAAUGACAUCACUAUAUUGGAGAGUAAUGCCUUUCGAAGAUUAGAAGAAGUAAAAUAUUUAUAUAUUAACAGAAACAAAUUAAGCGUGUCACGAACUAUGUUCCAGGGUCUUUGUAACCUUGAAUGGAUAUGGACAGAUUCUUAUAUUAUUUGUUGUGCCAAACCAUUAUCUGUUGACCCUUCAAAAUGUAUUUCCCCACGAGACCGAAUCUCAACUUGCGAGCAGUUGAUUAGCGUUGGAUUUUUAGCCCAGGUGAUAUGGUACGUGGCUCUUUUCUCGUUAAUCGGAAACCUUUAUGUUAUAUAUUACCGCAUGAGAAGUACAAACAAUGGAAGGAAUAAUGCACACGGAAUUUUAGUUUUAAAUCUCAGUUUUUCCGAUUUAUUAAUGGGAGUUUAUUUGUUCAUUAUUGCAGUAGCAGACAUGAAGUACCGUAAUAAUUACGGUUUUAACGAUAGUCAAUGGAGAUCAAGCAAUAUUUGUACCGUUGCUGGCUUACUUGCAACAGUUUCAAGUGAAGCAUCAGUGAUUUUCGUGUUUUUAAUAACCUUGGAACGAUUACUGGCAUUAAAAUAUCCAUUUUCUACCGAAUUUUUGAGAAAGAGGAAACAUAAAUUUGUCAUUUCAGUAAUGGUAUGGCUUAUGACCAUCUUACUAGCAGCUUUUCCCAUCUCUGUUUACCCAGACUUCUAUAGCAGAUCUACAGUAUGUAUCUCUCUUCCGUUAACUGCUGAGAAGGUUGCUGGAUGGGAAUAUGCAACCUUUGUUUUUAUAGGAUUAAACUUAAUAAUUUUUAUUGCUAUAGUAAUUGGACAGAUACUGAUAUUUGUGGAGGUGAAGGUCAUUGGAGGUGCCUUACAACAAGACAACAGAAAGAGAGAAAUUGCUGUGUUGAAAUCUCUAUCUUAUGUCGUGUUGUCAGACAUGUGUUGCUGGAUUCCUAUCAUAUUGAUUGGAAUUAUGGCAUACGGAGGGAUGGAUAUAUCGUUCGAUGUUUAUGCAUGGGUUGUUGUACUCGUGCUGCCUCUAAAUUCUGCAUUGAAUCCAUUCAUUUACACAUUUAUUGUGAUAUACAGACAGAAACAGGAAUCACAGAGGGGUCAAAAUAUAUCGAUGGAUGAAAGGCAAAAUGCACGACAGCUCAGCAGAAACUCGACCACGGUUUCGGGGAAAAAGGAUCAUUCUAUAUAA